AAGCAGAGAAGAGUCGCGAGACUUGGCUAGACCGCAUGCCUCCCCAGACCCCUCCCCUCCCUCCCGGCGCACCUUCCAGCCCAGCUUUCUUGGUGGCACGUGUAGUUGUUUUGGCUCAAUCUCACAUGGCCGCGGAAGUGCCGGCGCUACAAGUCCGCCCCCAAGAUGGCGGCACCCAAUGAAUGGGGUCGCGAUCCGCUUCUGCUCAGUCUCGAAGUAUAGCCUUUGCGGUGGUCUGCGGGGCCAUGGAGCGGCCUGGGUUCAUGGCUUCGCUGGUGGCUGGUGGGAUAGCAGGUGUCUCUGUUGACUUGAUAUUAUACCCUCUGGAUACCAUUAAAACCAGGCUGCAGAGUCCACAAGGAUUUAAUAAGGCUGGUGGUUUUCGUGGAAUAUAUGCUGGCGUUCCCUCUGCUGCUAUUGGAUCUUUUCCUAAUGCUGCUGCUUUUUUUAUCACCUAUGAAUAUGUGAAAUGGUUUUUACAUACUGAUUCAUCUUCAUAUUUGAUGCCCGUGAAGCAUAUGUUGGCUGCCUCUGCUGGAGAAGUGGUUGCCUGUCUGAUUCGUGUUCCUUCGGAAGUGGUUAAGCAGAGGGCACAGGUGUCUUCCUCUUCAAGAACAUUUCAGAUCUUCUCUAACGUCUUAUAUCAAGAGGGCAUCCGAGGAUUGUAUCGAGGCUACACAAGCACAGUUUUAAGAGAGAUUCCUUUCUCAUUGGUCCAGUUUCCCUUGUGGGAGUCCUUAAAAGUGGAUUUGCAGCUGUGGUCACCACGCCUCUGGAUGUGGCAAAAACAAGGAUCAUGUUGGCAAAGGUUGGUUCCAGCACCGCUAGUGGGAAUGUGCUCUCUGCCCUGCACGGGGUCUGGCGGACACAGGGGCUGGCGGGUGCUGGUGUCUACUUGCUGUCAUGUGACCCGGCAGCGCCAGAAUUCCGGCAGAGGAUGGGUGUCGCGAGCCUUCCUUUCCGGGGCCCUGGACAGAUUAUUUGCAGGUGUCUUCCCUCGAACGGCAGCCAUCAGUCUGGGAGGCUUCAUCUUUCUUGGUGCUUAUGACCAAACCCGCAGCUUGUUAUUGGAACUUGGCAGAGGGAGCCCCUGAAUCCAGGACGGCCCCACAUGCACCUCUGUCCAGAAAGGGGGCUGCUGUGCGCACGGGCUCCCUUCCGGCGAGCAGCUGCUUGCCCAUCUGAACCGCCUGCACCAUGCCCCUGUGUGUGAGGAUAGGACCUUGAGGAUGUCUUGCCUGCUCCAGGCUGGCUGGAACGCCAACUGCCACCUGUCUGCCAGAGCGCCAAGAGGACCGUGUCCACAGCGGUACUUGCGACCAUUUUCUCAGAACCCGUUAAUAAAUAAGUUUGGUGAUGCCGA